UAUCAGAAUGUCCAACAUUCUACAAGUACUUUAAUUUCUGUAAAAAGAGUUUCUCAUGAUUCAAAACAAGGGAUGAAAGAGUUUAUCACGGAGAUUUCAAGUAUGAGAAGGCUAAGCCAUCGAAACUUGGUACAACUCCUCGGCUAUUGUAGAAGAAAAGGAGAGCUUCUUUUGGUGUAUGAGUAUAUGCCUAAUGGGAGCCUUGACAACUUCCUCUUUAGCAAAGACGACAAAACGAAUCUAAGUUGGUUCUUAAGAUUUAAGAUCAUAAAGGGGGUGGCAUCUGCACUUCUGUACCUACACGAGGAAUGGGAACAGGUCGUUCUCCAUCGAGAUGUGAAGGCAAGCAACGCCCUAUUAGAUGCUGAGAUGAAUGCAAGGCUUGGUGAUUUUGGGCUUGUUAGACUUUAUGAUCAUAAUAAUGAUCCUCGUACCACCCUUGUAGUGGGAACCAUUGGAUAUAUUGCACCGGAGGUAAGCAGAACGCAGAAACCUACGACCAGUACUGAUGUUUUUUCUUUCGGAAUGUUCUUACUUGAGGUGGGUUGUGGAAGGAGGCCUAUCGGAAAACAGUAUGAAAAUGAAGCAGAGGAAUUUUUCUUGAGUGAUUGGGUUUAUGAUUGUUGGAAGAAUGGCGAGAUUCUUAGGGCAAGCGAUCCAAAGAUGGGAGGAGAUUAUCAAGAAAAGGAAAUGGAGCUUGUGUUGAAGUUGGGAAUUGUGUGUUUGCAUCCAAAAACAGAAGAAAGGCCAACAAUGAGGCAGGUAGUGCAGAUGCUAGAUGAGUGUGCAACUUUACCUGAUAUUCCUUGUGAAUAUGAUGUUGAAAGUGGUUAUUUCUUUGGUGAGUGUUGGAGAAGAGCCAGUUCAUUAUCAACAUCAUCUGGAAUUGUUGGUUGUAAUCUCAUGGCUAGUACAAAUUCAGUCCUCCAACAUCGCCGCUCAUAAGUCAAAGAUUUUUGGUAAAAUUAGAUUAACACCCUAUUUUCUAUUUGUAAAAACUAAUAAAAUUCACACUACAAACUACUCUUAUUGACACCAUUUAGUAUUAAGAACCAAACGAGCCCUAAGUAUUUUCUUUUAAUGUGACCACUUAGGUUGAUACAUUGGAAGAAUAUUAACCUAUUUGAGGUAUUUAAUUGAACUAAUCAAACUAUACCUCUUCAUUGAGUAGAAUUUAGGCAUCCAUUGGCAUAUUGCGAAUUGAAUUUAAUUCUAAAAAUUAUAAUAAUCCCACUUUAUCGGUAUUCUGAAAGACAAGUCAGAGCAAAAUUGGUGUACUUAAAAUCCGACUCCAAGUUGAAGCUAAAAAAACUUUGACUUUUAUUCGGUGCAAAGUUAGAGUGCGCAAAAUCUUAGUCCAACCUGUACCAUCGAGCAUACUAACUAACCUUUAAAAGUAACAAUAUGCUUACAAACUCAUAAGAAUGUGUUUGGAAACAAGUAAUUAAUUUCAAAUUGUCGAUUUCAAUAAUGAAAGUAUAAAGGAAAAAUUUGAGAAUGACAAGGUUUAAGAAGUCAUUCUCAAAUACUAAACUUUACCUACUUUUAAAAUAAUAGUGGAACCAACUCAAAUCCAACAUUGAAUUUCAUCUAUUUAUCAAAUAUUAAAUUUUAGUCAAUUCUGAAUUUCCUAAUGAAAUUAACGUUUCCAAACAUAGCACAAAUAGAGCACAAAUGAAGUUCAUCAAAGUAGCACAUUGGGCACUUAAUUGAAAAGGUAUUGUUAGUGCCAAACUUGAUGUAGGCCCUAGGAAAAAUAAUAAUAUGGACCCUUCCUAUCGAAGAUUAAUUAUGAUCUUUAAUAAGUACUUAAAUAAAUAAUUCAGAUAAAUUCCUUAUAUCGAAUAAAUAAAUAAUUCUCUCUCAAACAUGGUUUAUAUCUAAAAAUGUCUACCGUAGACGCACGGAUUACACUGAAAUUAAACCCCUAUGUAUGUUAGAUCCUAAUGGCAGCACUCCUUGUCUACCCAAGAACGGCCCCAGAUAGUGUUGAAUUUAAUGUAGAAAUUCGGAAAUUCCUUAAACCAAACAAAAAUAUUGAAAUAUGCAAGACCUUUUAACCAGAGUCCAGAAAGCGAGAUAUUUCAAACAUUUUUCUUGCAAGUUGUAACAACUCACAAAACUAUUCCACCAAAAAUUCAAGACUUUUCAACGCAUGAAAUUGAAGGCAACCAAAACAAAACAAGUUUUUAAUGCGAUGUAGCCUUCACAAAAAGGAACUUCCCCUUAA